AUUAUUUUUCCAAAGUAAAGAGGUAGCUUAUAUCGGCGCAACCAACGUAGCGCUAUUGCUCCCUCGCUGCCACGGAUCACCACCACCAUCACCGUCAUAAAUAAAUAAAUAAAUAAAUAAAUACAGUAAAACACUCCCGAAAUCAAUAAAACACCCAUUCAUUCAUUCAUUAGUCUCACACAUUCACAAUAUCUGAACCAACCAACCAUGAGGAAAUUUUUCAGCAGAAGCCCUUCAAACGAUGCACCAAUUUCGCCCGUGACGUCAUCACCAUCAACCCCGCUUUUCUCUCCGUCAACUGCCGUGGCUUCCGGCCCAGCCAGACCUAUCAGACUAGUGUAUUGUGAUGAUAAUGGCAAGUUUCAGAUGGAUCCAGAAGCUGUUUCUGUUCUUCAGCUUGUUAAAGAACCUGUCGGUGUCGUCUCCGUCUGCGGCCGUGCUCGGCAAGGAAAAAGCUACAUCUUAAAUCAGCUUCUUGGUAGGAGUAGUGGCUUUCAGGUGGCAUCAACUCACCGCCCAUGCACUAAAGGUCUUUGGCUAUGGAGUACUCCUUUAAGGAGAACUGCCUUAGAUGGAACCGAAUACAAUCUUUUACUGAUCGACAGUGAAGGAAUUGAUGCUUAUGAUCAAACGGGAACAUAUAGCACACAGAUCUUUUCUCUAGCUGUACUCUUAUCAAGCAUGUUCAUAUACAACCAGAUGGGGGGUAUAGAUGAGGCUGCACUUGAUCGCCUCUCCCUUGUAACUGAAAUGACUAAGCAUAUUCGUGUCAGAGCCUCUGGUGGGAAGACCACAGCUUCUGAAAUUGGACAGUUCUCCCCGAUCUUUGUCUGGCUUCUCAGGGACUUCUAUCUGGAUUUGGUGGAGGAUAACCGGAAAAUUACUCCACGCGACUAUCUAGAGCUUGCUUUGAGGCCGGUACAAGGUGGGGGAAGAGAUGUUUCUGCCAAAAAUGAGAUUCGAGAAUCCAUCCGAGCUCUUUUUCCAGACAGAGACUGCUUCACUCUUGUGCGACCUUUGAGCAAUGAGAAUGAGCUCCAGCGGCUUGACCAAAUAUCUAUGGAUAGAUUGAGACCAGAGUUCAAAUCAGGACUGGAUGCUCUAACGAGGUUUGUUUUUGAGAGGACUAGGCCAAAACAGGUAGGAGCCACAGUUAUGACGGGGCCCAUUUUUGCUGGCAUCACUCAGUCCUUUCUGGAUGCUCUCAAUAAUGGUGCAGUGCCUACAAUAACAUCCUCUUGGCAGAGUGUUGAAGAAACAGAGUGCCAAAGAGCAUUGGAAUAUGCUACUGAAGUUUACAAGUCUUCUUUUGACAGUACAAAGCACCCUGAGGAAGCUACAAUACGAGAAGCGCACGAGGUGGCUGUUCAGAAGGCACUGGCUGCUUUUAAUUCAACUGCUGUAGGGGCUGGUUCUGCUAGGCAAAGAUAUGAAAAACGGCUUCAUACUUUCAUGAAAAAGGAACUCGAGGAUUAUAAGAGGGAGGCAUUUAUGAAGGCUUACAUGCAAUGUACAAAUGCUAUACAAAAAAUGGAGAAAGACCUAAGAGCAGCCUGCCAAGCCCCUUCUGCAAAGUUUGACGAUAUUUUGAAGGUUCUUGAUCAGCUAUUAAGCAGCUACGAAGCAACAUCAUAUGGUCCGGAAAAGUGGCAGAAGUUAGCUUCUUUUUUACGACAGAGCUUGGAAGGUCCAAUCCUUGACUUUGUUAAGAAGCAGAUAGAUCAUAUAUCAUCCGAGAAAAGUUCUCUCCGGUUGAAAUGCCGCUCAAUUGAAGAUAAAAUGGGAUUACUCACCAAACAAUUAGAAGCUAGCGAGAAAUAUAAAUCUGAUUACUUGAAACGCUACGAGGAUGCCAUUAAUGACAAAAAUAAACUCACCGAGGAAUAUAUGAACCGGAUAGCUGAUCUGAAAAAGAACUCUAGCUCAUUAGAUGAAAGAUGCUCGAGCUUAUCAAAAACACUUGAAGCUGCCAAACAGGAAUCUAUGGAAUGGAAAAGAAAGUAUGAGGUAGCACUAAAUAAACAGAAAGCUGGGGAGGAACACGCUUCUUCAGAAGUAGCAAAUCUUAAAGCCAGGAGCAGUGCAGCAGAAGCACGAUUAGCUGCUGCACGGGAACAAACAUUCUCUGCUCAAGAGGAGGCAGAUGAGUGGAAACGUAAGUAUGAUAUUGCUGUUAGAGAAGCGAAGACUGCACUAGAGAAGGCAGCUGCUGUGCAAGACCGUGCUAGUAAACAAACUCAGCAUCGUGAGGAUGCUUUACGGUCCGAAUUCACUGGCACAUUGGCUGACAAGGAAGCUGAAAUUAAAGAUAAGUCAUCGAAGAUUGAACAGGCUGAGCAGCGUGUAACUACUCUGAGCCUGGAAUUAAAGGCAGCGGAGUCGAAGAUAAUGAGUUAUGAUUUGGAAAUAUCUUCUUUGAAAAGUGAUCUUAAGGAGUUGGCUGAAAGGUUGGAAAGUGCAAAUGCUACAGCUCAAUCAUAUGAAAAAGAAGCAAGGAUUCUGGAGCAAGAUCGAAUUCAUUUGGAGCAGAAAUACCGAUCUGAAUUUGACAGAUUUGAGGAAGUCCAGGAAAGAUGUAGAAAUGCUGAAAAGGAAACUAAAAGAGCAACUGAGUUGGCUGAUAUUGCGCGGGCAGAAGCUGUUACUGCCCAGAGAGAGAAAAACGAGAUUCAACGCGUAGCAGGUGAAAGGCUGACUGAAAUUGCGAGGCUUGAAAGGCGUAUUGAGAGCCUCGACAGACAAAAGAACGACUUGGCGGAUGAAUUAGAACGAUACCAAGCUGCUGAAAUGGACGCGGUUUCUAAAGUCACAAUGUUAGAAGCAAGAGUUGAAGAAAGGGAGAAAGAGAUCGAGACAUUACUGAUAUCAAAUAAUGAGCAACGGGCUAGUACUAUUCAUGUCCUUGAGGGCCUUUUGAAGACUGAACGUGCCGCUCGGGCAGAGGCCACCAAUCGGGCAGAGGCACUUUCAGUUCAGUUACAAGCUACCCAAGGGAAGCUUGAUCUACUUCAACAACAAAUGACUACCGUCCGUCUUAACGAGUCUGCUUUGGAUAGCAAACUUAGAACUGCUUCCCAUGGAAAACGCCUUAGGGUUGAAGACAAUGAAAUGGGAACAGAUUCAGCUCAAGAAAUGGACCUUGAUAGAGAUAGAGUGGUAAGAGGAAACAAGAGGAGCAGGAGUACGACAAGCCCGUUAAAGUUUGCUUCCACAGAAGAUGGUGGCUCAGUUUUCAGAGGCGAAGAUGACAGUAACAACAGUCAGCAAACCAGUAGCGAAGAUUAUACCAAGUUCACCAUUUUGAAACUCAAGCAAGAGCUCACUAAACACAAUUUUGGUGCAGAGCUGCUUCAGUUGAAAAGUCCCAACAAGAAAGACCUCCUGGCUCUUUACGAAAGAUGCAUUAUCCAGAAAUCUUAAUACGGGUCGAUUAAGGUGAAAAGUCACAACAAGAAGAACCUGGUGGCGCUUUGUGGAAGAUAGAUUCUGCAGAAAUCUCAAAACCCUAAGUUUAUCAACUUGGGUAGGUGUAAUCUAAUGUAUGUUAGGAAUUUAGUAUAGUCUUAAGUUAUCCUGCACAUACGUGUUACGGAAACUUGGUCCUAGUUACAGUGUUGGGGAGCUUGGAUGGUUCUACCAAUUUUUUCAGAUUGUGACAACAUGGUUUGAGCUUUAUUGUUUUGUUUAACAUUUGUCACCUUUAUGUUCUCGGGAAUGUUUUCAGUAGGAUAGUAUAUGUUGGAUUUGUGGAUGAAUCAGAAUGACAUUUUGUUAUGUAGCAUCUCUAAUUUGAGCGAUGGUGUGUUUGAAAGAUGAUUUUGCUA